AUGCCCCCAGUGAGGAAGUCCGUGAUUGCUGUGAGUUUCUUAGUAGCAUUUCUCUUCUUGCUCAUCCUACGCCUCUUCCAUGAAGUGGACCUACCUUUGGUGCUCAGCUGUUUGGGACAAUCCAGUGCCAAGUGGCUCCAGUUCUCCUCCACACACAGGCGGCCCCUCAGGACUCACUAUGGCUACAUACACGUGAAAACACAGAAGCCUUUGCAGCUCGACUGUGAUCUCUGCGCCAUUGUUUCCAGCUCUGGUCAGAUGGCCGGCCAGAAGGUGGGCACUGAGAUAGACAGGUCCUCUUGCAUUUGGAGGAUGAAUAACGCGCCCACCAAGGGCUAUGAGGAAGAUGUCGGGCAGAAGACCAUGAUCCGGGUUGUAUCCCACACCAGUGUCCCUCUUUUGCUUAAGAAUCCCGAUUACUUUUUCAAAGAAACCAACUCCACUAUCUACGUUAUCUGGGGGCCUUUCCGGAACAUGAGGAAAGAUGGCAAUGGCAUUGUGUACAACAUGUUGAGAAAAGCUGUUGAGAUCUACCCGGGUGCCCAGAUUUAUGUGACUACAGAGAAGCGCAUGGGUUACUGUGAUGGAGUUUUUAAGAAGGAGACAGGGAAAGACCGAGUCCAGUCAGGUACUUAUCUCAGCACUGGUUGGUUUACCUUAAUCCUGGCAAUGGAUGCCUGUUAUGGCAUCCAUGUCUACGGCAUGAUUAAUGACACCUACUGCAAGUCAGAAGGUUUUAGAAAAGUCCCCUACCAUUACUACGAACCAGGAAGAGAUGAAUGUGAUGAAUACAUUCUCCAUGAAAAUGCUCCAUAUGGAGGUCAUAGGUUUAUCACAGAGAAGAAAGUAUUUGCUAAGUGGGCCAAGAAACACAAGAUCAUAUUUACCCACCCAAAUUGGACAGUGUCUUGAUGCUGGUUUGCCUCACCAGUACGAACCAGCAUGAAAGAAUGACAAUGCUUCAGCUCUGAUGAUUAUAAUGAUGAUGAAGUAGUUGAUUUAUUCUUGUACUUA